AUGACGAUCAACGCCCCCCACAACUACUACGGCCCGGCGGACAACCGGCGAUAUGCCAGCCGGGCUGGAAGCUACCCACCCUCGUACCCCGAGAGACGGGUCGCUACCGGUUUCAGCGGCUGCCCAGGGGGCCCUCCUCGGGACCCUAACGAGCCCCCGAUUGACGACAAUAUGGAUGACUACUCUACUCAGCGAAAGCGAAUUGCUGUUGCCUGUGGACGAUGCCGCAAGCGUAAAAUCCGUUGCAGUGGCGAUAAUGGCAACGGAUCCCCUUGCACCAACUGCCGCAAUGCUGGCUGGGAGCCAUGCCAAUACCUCCGAGUUGCCUCUCAGGAAGCCCAGAUGAAGAACGGCAACUUCUCCUACAACAUUGAUGCUUCUCGCCAGUUCCAGACCAUCGGUCCUGUUUCCGUCGCCCCUCUCCAGACUGGAGCUCCUCAGUAUGAUACCUCUGGCAUCCAGACUCAUGUUGCGAACGAUGCUCUGGCCUUCCGCCCCGGUGGCUCGGCUACCUUUACCUACCACUCGCGACCCUUUGAUCAGGCCCAGAGCUGGGCCAACGGCAUGACUGUCGGCCAUGGGGAGGGCGCCGGCGUCCACUUCGGCGUCUUCACUCCCCCCUACCACCAGGGCGGCCAGCAGAGCCAGCAGGACCAGGAGCUGAGCAUCAACUACCGCAUCGGCGCCGACCAGCCCGACUCGGGCAGCAUGACUUUCCAGAACGUGCAGAGCGUGCAGAGCGUGCAGGCCAUCCACCAUGCGGCUGCAAACGUCCACCAGCGCGCUCUCCCCAUGCGUGCCCGACGCACCGCCUUGCCUCUCUCGGGAGCCUCCCCCUACCGGAACGACUCCUGCUCUCCCGUCUGCGGCAAGUCGUCCCAGUCCUCUUCCUCGGGUGCGUCGCCCAUGACCCCCGGCUCUGAGGCGUCGGCCCCCGGUUACACCAGCUACGAGACGCCUUCGCCGGGCAUGCCCACCAGUGCCGCGUCGUAUCCCGCCAUGGCGGUGGCCGCCCAGCUCACCCGUCCCAGCGACAUCUACGCUGCCACGGGCACCUCCGAGGCCCCCAUGUACUCGCCCGGCUCGGCCGCGGCUGGCCCGAUGCGCCAGGCCGGCUCCGGCCCUGAUAUGACCUACCGGUACACCGACACCACGGCGGGGACCGUAUCGCCGGUUGGCCCAUCCCUCCACAUCAAGCUGGAGCGCCAGUCCUCCUCGGCUGAUGCUGCCCUGGCGCUGAGCCACCUCCACGGACCGGCCUAUGUGGGACAGAACCAAGGCCAGAACCACGGCCAGAACGCAUCCUACACGAUGGCGGGCGACGUCCAGGGCGCCGGCACCGCCGGCACCGAAUCCGAUGCAGAGGACAGCGAGUACAAGAAUGUUGUGCUCCGAACCUGA